CCGUUACAAAGGCGAAACUCCCGCCCAACGGAGACUAACCGACGUCAACACUCCGGCCUGCCACGUAUAAUGAAGCUUGUGAAAUGGCAGGAGUGAAGAGUGGGAGAUGAGAGAAUGCCAUAUUAAGGUUAUUUUGUCUCUCGUUGGUGUUGGUGGUGUUGGUGACAGCCAUGGCGAACCUGGCGAACACGAUGAAUAAAGUGAAGAUUCUGGUGGUGGGGGAUUCAGGCGUGGGCAAGACCUCUCUCGUCCACCUGAUCUGUCACGGGGAGGCGCUGGGCAACUCCUCCUGGACCAUCGGCUGCAGCGUGGAGGUUCGGAUUCAUGAGUUUCGCGAGGGAACGCCGAGCCACCGCCCGUACUUUGUGGAGCUCUGGGACGUGGGCGGCAGCGGCUCCCAUCGCAACGCACGCCACGUUUUCUAUACGCCUGUGCAUGGCAUAAUCUUGACCCACGACUUGACCAACCGUAAGUCCCAAGUCAACCUCCACCGCUGGCUGGCUGAGAUCCUGCUGCGCGAGACUCCUGGUGGUGGCAGCGGUGGUGGUGGCGGUGGUGGUGGUGGCGGUGGUGGGGGUGGGAGGAGUCGCCCCGCGCCCCUCGUUGAAGAUUUUGAUGCGGAGAACUUCGGAGGUUUUUCUCAGGUAUAUGGUCUGAAAAAGGUUCCCGUCUUCGUCGUAGGAACCAAACAGGACCUCUUGAGUUCCUACAGCAGAUCCUACAACAGGGGAAGGGGAUCCAGUAUUGCUGAGGAGUGUUCUGCCGACGAGAUCAAUGUGAACACGCAGGACCCGCGAUCGCUCGCUCCAGGUUCAAGCAACUCCGUCAAGCUCUCAAGGUUUCUGGACAAGGUGAUUGAGAAGCAAGCCGUCUUGAGGGGGGAGGUGGACCGGGAGGGGGGUGGCUAUGGGUACUCCUCCUCCUCCUAUUACUCCUACCCUCCUCCUCCUUCCUCCUCCCUCUCCUCCUCCUCCUCCUCGUCUUCCUUUGCCACCACGAGAAGAGCCAAGGCGUCAUUUUCCUCUCAAUCUCACUCUUCUUUUCCUCCUCCUCCUUCCUCUCCUCCUCCUCCCUCAUCCUCCUCCGCCUCUUUCUUCAUUGGUUAAGGUGUGAGAGAGAGAUAGAGGGGGGGGGCAGAGAGAGAGAGAGAGAGAGAGCAUAAUAUUUUCAUCUCUAUCUUUGUUUUUCUUUCUCUCUUAUCUGUGUUUUUCCUCCUCCUUCCUCUUCCUCUUCCUCCUCUUCCUCUUCCUCCUCCUCCUCUUCCU